AUGAUAACCUUUGCUGACAGUACAGAGCAACUACUGGCCAUGGAAUUUUCUGCAAGAGCACCCAGGUUGCAGUCCACUCAGCCAAAAGGUGGCUCCCAGCCCUCUGUGACUCCAGUUGCAGAAGAUAUUAUGCCCUCUUGUGACCUCUUUGGGCAGUGCAAACAGUUCAAAAAACUUUUUCUGACUAAAUACAAGGGCACAGGCACCAAAAUGACGCUGAAAUUUGUGAAUAAGAGCAAGACAAAGCUGAAGAACUUCCUGCGUGAAGUGAGCAUCACCAACAGCCUGUCAUCCAGCCCCUUCAUCAUCAAGGUCUUCGACGUGGUCUUCGAGACUGAGGAAUGCUAUGUCUUUGCCCAGGAGUGCGCGCCUGCUGGAGACCUGUUUGACAUCGUCCCUCCCCAGGUGGGCCUCCCCGAGGACACGGUGAAGCGCUGUGUGCAGCAGCUGGGGCUGGCGCUGGACUUCAUGCACAGCAGACAGCUAGUGCACCGCGACAUCAAACCCGAGAACGUGCUGCUGUGUGACCGUGAGUGCGGCCGUGUGAAGCUGGCGGACUUCGGCAUGACGCGGCGCGUGGGCUGCCGUGUGAAGCGUGUGAGCGGCACUAUACCCUACACAGCGCCCGAGGUGUGCCAGGCGGGCCGUGCCGAUGGCUUCGCGGUGGACACAGGCGUGGAUGUGUGGGCGUUCGGAGUGCUUAUCUUCUGUGUGCUCACCGGCAACUUCCCGUGGGAGGCUGCAUCGGGCGCCAAUGCCUUCUUCGAGGAGUUCGUGCGCUGGCAGCGGGGCCGCCUGCUGGGGCUGCCUUUGCAGUGGCGCCGCUUCACCGAGCCUGCACUGCGCAUGUUCCAGCGGCUGCUGGCUCUGGAGCCCAAGCGUCGCGGGCCGGCCAAGGAGGUCUUCAGCUUCCUCAAACAAGAGCUCACAUCUGAGCUUCGGCGGCGGCCUUCGCACCAUGCAAGCAAACCUCCUGGGGACCGCCUGCCCGGGCCCCUGCGCCUUGAGGCUCCUGCAAUGCUCAAGCGCACCGUGCUCACCGAGAGUGGCAGCGGUUCACGGUCCUCGCCGCCCAGCGUGGUGCCCGUUCCGGUGCCCAUGCCCGUGCCUGAGGCUGGUCUGGCUCCGUCCGCUCCCUCGGGCAGGACCGAUGGCCGUGCAGACAAGAGCAAAGGGCAGGUGGUGCUGGCCACGGCCAUCGAAAUCUGCGUCUGA